AUGGCCGACACAGUAGGAAAGACCAUCACUUGCAAGGCUGCAAUUGCCUGGGAAGCUGGUAAGCCUCUGUCCGUUGAGGACAUCGAGGUCGCUCCCCCCAAGGCUGGUGAAGUGCGCAUUAAAAUUAACCACACUGGUGUCUGCCAUACCGAUGCCUACACUCUCUCCGGCAAGGAUCCCGAGGGUGCCUUCCCCGUCGUCCUCGGUCACGAGGGUGCCGGUACCGUCGAGUCUGUCGGCGAGGGCGUGACCUCCGUUAAAGUUGGCGACUACGUUAUCGCUCUCUACACUCCUGAAUGCCGCGAAUGCAAGUUCUGCAAGUCCGGCAAGACUAACCUCUGUGGGAAGAUCCGUGCCACUCAGGGUAAGGGUGUCAUGCCCGAUGGCACCUCCCGCUUCAGGGCCCGCGGCAAGGACCUCCUCCACUUCAUGGGUACCUCCACCUUCUCUCAGUACACUGUCGUCGCCGAUAUCUCCGUCGUUGCUGUCACUCCUAAGAUUCCUACCGACCGGUCCUGUCUUCUUGGCUGCGGUAUCACCACUGGUUACGGUGCCGCUGUCGAGACCGCCAAGGUCGAGGAGGGCUCCAACGUCGCUGUCUUUGGUGUCGGCUGUGUCGGUCUUUCUGUUCUGCAGGGUGCUGUCAAGAACAAGGCUGGCAAGAUCAUUGCUGUCGAUGUUAACGAUGGCAAGGAGGAGUGGGCUCGCAAGUUCGGUGCCACUCACUUCGUCAACCCCACCAAGCUCCAGGGCAAGACUAUCCAGGAGCACCUGAUUGAGAUGACUGACGGUGGUUGCGACUACACCUUCGACUGCACUGGCAACGUCGGUGUUAUGCGUGCUGCCCUCGAGGCCUGCCACAAGGGUUGGGGUGAGAGCAUUGUCAUUGGUGUUGCUGCUGCUGGUCAGGAGAUCUCCACUCGGCCAUUCCAGCUUGUUACCGGUCGUGUCUGGAAGGGAUGUGCCUUUGGUGGUAUCAAGGGUCGCACCCAGCUGCCCGGUCUCGUCGACGACUACCUGAACGGCAAGCUCAAGGUGGACGAGUUCAUCACUCACCGGCAGCCUCUGGACGGCAUCAACAGCGCCUUCGACCAGAUGAAGGAGGGUGACUGUGUCCGUUGCGUUGUUGACAUGAAAUAG